UCCGGUUAAUAGGAAACACUAAAUAUUCACAUACAUUGAUAAAAACAUGUCCUCUUUUAAUUUUGUGUUCAUUUUUAUUGUUUUUUACAAUUUUGUAUCAAUUGUAGAUGGUUUUGAGAAGCCUUUAUCAUGGAAGGAAGCAAGAAGAGUAUGUAAUAGAAGUAACAAGAUUUUGUCACCUUCGAAGUCGGCCCUUCAAGAAUUAAAAUCCCACUACAGAACUAAUAAAUCUGUAUGGACAUCUAAUUAUGUUCUUCAUUUAGGAUGCAAUCGCAGUACCGGGUUUUGUCCUGGUUUAUAUAUUGAAAAAUUUCCACAGAAUGAAUCUUACCUAGGCUUAUGUCAGCAUGAUUCUUCAGUAACUGCUUCUCAGAACAAAACCAGUUUUCAAAUUGGUUUCAAAAGUGACUAUGAGAGAAAUUGCAGAAAAGGUAACCUGGUUGAUAUUAUCAACAUGGCGACACUUCAUAUUGCAAUGGAAGAGAUGAAAUGGAAUACAAAAUACUGGAUCAAUUCUUUAAGUCUUAAUAUUGAUAGUUUUGUUGUCCUAUGUAUGCUAUUCAACAAAUUUCCAAACAGAACGGGAAAUUAUGAAACGCUGACCUCUACUGCGUGUAAAGAAAAAUAUGCAUUUGUAUGUUCAGAAGGUCAUCAUUAUGGCACAGUUGUAUCUAAACUUAAUAUUUUAAACCAUAAUGAUUUCACGCCAAAAAUAAAUCAAUCUAGAUUCAGCCAUUACGACGAUGGAGCAAAAUUCUUCCAGAUAAGUGGGGCUGUUUCCAUGGUUGUGAUUGUUUUUGGACUGAUUAUCAUCGGAUGUUUGAUCAGGAAAUGGAUUUCAAAAAUGAAAAAAGAAUUGAUUGAAACACUUCGACAAAAAUAUGAACAUCAUAUGUAUGAAGUUGAAAGAGUUGAACCAGAGCCUGAAACCGUUCCGGAAACACCAGUGUCACUUGGUGGAGAUUCUCUGUACGAAAAUGUUCAUACCGGAAAUGAGUUAUCACGCGAGGCAAACAUGACUGUAAGUUACAUGACAUCAAGAGAAAUACAACGUCCAGUAACAGUGCCGACUAGCGCUAUAGAAACAUGGACACAGAAUGCAAUACCACUAAGACUAACUUUACCACAACGUUUACCUUCCCGUGAAAAAGCCAUCCGACGAAAAACUGUCAGUCGCCAAUUAAAUACACACCUUAAACAAACUCGCAAAAAACAAGCAUUGCCUGAAACGUCUCCACAACCUCAACUGAUUAGCAGUGGUCAUGUACAGAAGAAAAAUGACGAAAUAUCAAAAGUUGAAGCAUCCCCACUUUUGACAAUCCACCGACCAAAGCCAAGCCCAAAACCUCACACAAAAGAUGUAACACUGAAGUAUAAAACUAAUACUUCCAGGAUAAAGGAGGGGAUUCAAAUACAUGACAUCAGUGGAGAAUUUGCUUUUUAUUUAAAUACAGGUCAAAAUAAUGACAUUGAAAACACAGACUACUUGGAAGAAGACCAGGACUACGAAAAUAUCUGGCAGAAUAGUAAUGAACAGUCCAUCUAAAAAGAAUGAAGCAAAUUUUAAAUUGUUAUGAUUUUACUCUUAGAUUUUUGCAAAAGUAUAUUAUAUUCAUUGUACUUUGGCAAUAUUGAUAAAAACAACUGUUUGAUAAAUAAUUAAUGCCAUUACAUGUACGAUUGGAAAUGAAGGAAAACUGAAAUAGUUUUAGUUUAUAUCGUAUGCCAAAAAAGAAACGUACGUACAUUAAGAAAGUAUUUGUACAUCAUCAAAAAGAUAAAUUUGUUUUCAAAUCCUAGCGUAAAAACUCAUCAUAGAUAGAUUCAAUGUCAAUUUUAUGUUGAAUCAAGCACCACGUAAUUCGGCAAUAUCAAUAAAUUUUCAAACUUUUGAGUUUUAAAAGUUUUCAAGAUAAAAUAUAUUAGUUUUUAGCAUGUUAUUUCGUCUGGAUUAGAAUUUUUUCGUUUCAUUUUUGCUGAUUACUGUUGCCACCAAACCUCUUUCUAAAUUAUUAACAUCAAUUUUAUCAGCAAUUAAAGCCUGGCUUCAAUGUUAUUGUGAAACUACCUAUUCUAGAGGUGGCGUGAAUCAGAAGAAUAAAAAAUUCCAAAGAUCUUUUAGAGUAUAUACAAUCUAAGACUCUUUCAUCUUGCAAUAAUAUUAAAACAUUUGACUUUUCUACACUUUACACAAGUAUUCCCUAUUCCAAACUAAAAGACAAAUUGAAAGAGUUGGUCUUGCUUUGUUUCAUAAAAAAGAAUGGCCAACGUAGAUACAAGUAUCUUGUCUUAGGGAGGGAUAAAUCCUACUUAUUCUAACAAAAAAAUCUCUGAAACUGACAUUAUCAAGAUGCUUGAUUCCUUGAUUGACAACAUAUUUGUUACGUUUGGAGGACAUGUUUUUCCACAAACAAUCAGCAUUCCCAUGGGAACCAAAUAAGCCCCUCUUCUUGCCGACUUGUUCCUUUGUUCAUAUGAGGCUGACUUCAUACAGGAACUUCUUAGGAAGAAAGAAAAGAAGUUAGCAGUAUCCUUUAACUUAACUUUCCGCUACAUAGAUGAUGUUCUCUCACUAAAUAAUUCAAAAUUUGGUGACUAUGUUGAACGCAUCUAUCCCAUCGAACUUGAGAUAAAGGAUAUAACAGAUACAGUUAAGUCUGCCUCAUAUCUUGACUUACAUCUAGAAAUUGACAAUGAAGGUCGGUUGAAAACAAAACUUUAUGACUAAAGUUUCCCAAUUGUGAGCUUUCCAUUUCUAUGUAGCAACAUUCCAGCAGCGCCUGCAUACGGAGUAUAUAUCUCUCAGUUGAUACGAUACUCCAGGGCUUGUAUUUUCUAUCAUGAUUUCCUUGAUAGAGGGUUGCUGCUCAUAUGGAAGCUAUUAAACCAAGAGUUCCAAGUGGUGAAGUUGAAAUCAUCCCUUCGUAAAUUUUACGGACGCCAUCAUGAGUUGGUUGACCGCUACGGAAUAUCGGUUUCAUAGAUGAUAGCGGAUAUGUUCCUAAUGUCGUAACUACAAUCCGGUCCCCUUUUCCCGAAUGUGACCUACCAAAUAACACUUAUUACCGGGUUUGUACUAAUAUGAGCAACACGACGGGUGUCACAUGUGAAGCAGGAGUUGCUUACCCUUCCGGAGCACCUGAUAUCACCCCAAGUUUUUGGUGGGGUUCGUGUUGCUCAGUCUUUAGUUUUCUAUGUUGUGUUUUGUGUACUAUUGUUUGUCUGUUGGUCCUUUUCUUUUUUAGCCAUGGCGUUGUCAGUUUAUUUUCGAUUUGUGAGUUUGAAUGUCCCUUUGGUAUCUUUCGCCUCUCUUUUGCAAUAUAGCAUGACUGUCAGCUGAUGUAUCACUUGCAAUUAUUACUAUAAUGUGAAAUUGGCCUUUGUGUUCAAUUUUUUAUAUUGGCAUAUAACCAAACCAAACAUUUCUACUAGCUUUCGAUCCAUUUAGAUGAUGUGUAACGUUAUCCCCAAAUUCCAAUAAAUUUUGAUCAACAAAUAAAAUUAAACAUCAGAUGUUUUUUUUAUUUAUAUCAGAAUCUUAGGUAAAUAUAUGUGUAUCUUGAUUAUUAUUUUUGUAGUUAGGUUGCUGCCUCACUGACAUAUACUACUCACCUCCUUGUGUUUAAAUGUAAAGUAACCAUGUUCCAAUUUUCAUUGUUAGUAAAAAAUUAUGUAAUUUGCGUAAAGGAAAAUAAAUAGCACAUUAUCUAUAUAUUUAAAACAAAGACUCACACCUUAAAUUCUAUAUUCAACAGGAAAUUUUGGUAAUGUCUUUCAGUACAAAAAUUGAGUAUGCAAUUACCAGGCAUUUUUACUUGAGAUUCAAAAUGUUAUACAUGUUUUGGACCUAGUGGGGUAACCAUAAUGUUCCAGGUCUCCAUAUUGAACACAUGACUAUUCCAUCUUUAUUUUAUAGCUUGAUCAAACAAUUUAUAUUUUUAAAUUUGUGUAUUAUUCAAUUAAAUAAAAUAAUUCAUUCUA